AUGCAUGCAGGUCACACGCCCCAGCCGGCUGGCAGUGAAACCACGGCGUCGUCCGGCCUGCUUGCCAGCAAAGAAGGCGACACUUUACGCCGCCUAGACCGCGGAAAAUACGUCCCCCUCGACCGCUCGGUGUCUUUGGUGCGCUCCACCAUCAGCAUCGCUUUUUCUCACGACGGCAGGUAUUUUGCUUCUACUCAUGGCGAUCAUUCCGUCAAGGUCUUCCGCUACCCCUCAGGAGAGCAAAUCGCAUGCCUCGAUGGCCACCCGUGCACCCCGUGGACCGUUCGUUUCCAUCCAAAAGAUUCCUCCAUCCUAGCCUCGGGCUGCUUGGGUUGCGAGUGUCGCGUCUGGGACGUUUCUCAAGGCGAAUGCAUCAGGAAGCACACUUUUGCUUCCAGCAUUUCUUGUGUCAGUUUCAAUCCAGACGGCAGCUUGCUCGCUAUUACGUCAGGUAGCAACUUGCUGCUUUGGAACUAUAUGGAGGCCGCGCCGAACAACUCUCGCUCCACGAGCUCCGCUAUCGACGACAUCCGCGGCCCGGGGGUUCCUCGAAAAUUGCUUGGCGGUGUGAACCCUUUUCACAUGGUCGACUUUCAUCCGUCAGGCACCAUGCUCAUGACGGGAGAGAAGAAUAGGUCUCCCCCGCCACCGACGGGCGCCCCGUCUAAUCAAGAGGAGCAGUUCACUCUCAAGCUCGUUAUCCACCGCUUUGAUCGUCGCAUUGUGAAGAAAUUUGAUGAUCCUGUGCUAGAGGUUCCUCGUGCGGUGGCGUACAAUGAUGCAGGCAUCCAUUUUUCUCCCUGCGGUACCAUGCUGGCGGCUUGCAUACCCGUGCACGAGCAUAGCGAUUCCUUUAAGAUUGCGGUCAUGUCACUUGUCAAGCGCAAUCAGAUCAAGAUCGGCACGGUCAUGUACGAGACGGCUCUGGAUAGAGGGCAUGUCACUGCUUUGACCAAUCUCAAGUUCUCAUCCACGUCACAUCACUUGCUGGCCGGCUUUUCGUUUCGGCCGAAGAAUCCAGUCCUUCGUGGGCACGCAGAACACUAUGAUCAGACAGCUGGACGGGGUGCCGAUGGUGGCAUGCGCCGUCCUAAUCAAGUAGGCGUAGUAGAUAUAUACAAUGUGAGUGAGAAGUUUGAAAUGAUCCGAAGCUUGCGCGCAGACAUGGAUCUCACAGAAGGUCAAGAAGGGGGGGCUGAGGAUGAGAUUAACGUGGCAGUAUUUGCGCCUGUGUUUGGCAUUGCGGACGGAGUUGUGUACGGUACUCAAAAGGGACGUAUCCGCGUGUUUCAGCAGGCUACUGGUGCUGAUAUGGAGGCAGAGCCUUUAGACGAAGACGUGGCAAUCCCAUAUGGUGCGCUUCUUUUCCCAAUCCGCAAUGGAAAGCGAUUCCCUUGACACGUUCAUCCAUGAAACACCUUUCUGCGGAGACAACAGGAUGCUUGACUGCGUAAUUCUGCUAAACCGCUGGCUCUUCAUCACCUUUGCAGCAGCUGUUGGGCCGCUUCUUCACAUGUUUGGGAAUCACUCUUAGUCUUAUUUCACCUUGUACGGGACAGGACAGCGCAAGACUGAGCUGAUGUAACAUGUCCUUGUUACACGUCAACAUACCCAACUUUGGGAA